UACAACUGCAACUACAACAACUACGACAACAGCAACAACUACAAAAACUACAAAAACAACUACAAACAGAACUACAAAAUCUACAAAAACAACUACAAACACAACAACACACAACAACAACAACAACAACAACAACAACAACAACAACAACAACAACAACAACAACAACAACAACAACAACAACAACAACAACAACAACAACAACAACAACAACAACAACAACAACAACAACAACAACAACAACAACAACAACAACAACAACAACAACAACAACAACAACAACAACAACAACAACAACAACAACAACAACAACAACAACCACAACCACCACAACAACAACAACCACAACAACAACAACCACAACCACAACAGCAACUACCACAAUAGCAACAACAGCAUCAGCAACAACUUCAGCAACAAUAUCAAGAAAUCAACAAUAUCGACAACAAAAAUGCCUUGAACCUCAGCAAAGACAACAGAAGUAACAUGAGCAGCAGCAGAGCACGGAUGUCGUUACAGAGGCGCACCUGAGCACAGAUCAGACCAUUCUACUUCUUGAGUUGGAAUCAGACACAGCAUUCAAAUGCAGACUUUGUACAAUAGUUUCAGCAUUGACCAGUGAGUCACAUGACGAUGAGCAUACAUUUGCGUGCGUGAAUUUCCUUCACUCUAUGACAUCAUUACCGGACCAGACUCUCUCUCCUCUGCUAGAGGAUAGUGGACCAGCAGACAAGCAGACCAGACUGUCUCUCCUCUGCUAGAGGAUAGUGGACCAGCAGACAAGCAGACCAGACUGUCUCUCCUCUGCUAGAGGAUAGUGGAGCAGGAGACCAGGCUGCUCCAAGUGUAGAUCAAUGGUUAACACCGUGUGUACACAGAGCGGGACUCUCCUCACUUGGCAUACGGGACACCAGUCCACUACCCAAGGCACCAGACAACACGCCUGGCAACACCUUCAGCAACUGCUACAUACCGCAAACACAGUCAUACUUGCUUUUUACUUGAAGACCAUGGAUACCAUACAGUAGACGCCGCUGGAAAGAUUCGGACUUGAGAGCGAUCAGUGAAUGUUGCAGUGGACAGGAGGAUAUCAAUCUGUUCGCUGGUACCCCCCCCCCGAAAGUGGCGCAUUUGUAUCAGAUCCGUAUAGUGUUGGGGAGCAUGAAUAAGCGCGUGUAGAUUCUGAGUAACUCUCAGCGUGGUAUCGCCGGGAUCAUAUUCCCACUAGUAUCUAAGUCUGAGCAAUGGCUAGGACUAAGGUGCCCGUUCUGCUGCAACAUGUUAAUACUUAGUCUAUUACUAGUGUAUGGUUUGAAUGUGUUCGUCUUAUGCCCUUGUGUAUGUGAUGUCUUAUGCCCUUGUGUAUGUGAUGUCUUAUGCCCUUGUGUAUGUGAUGUCUUAUGCCCUUGUGUAUGUGAUGUCUUAUGCCCUUGUGUAUGUGAUGUCUUAUGCCCUUGUGUAUGUGAUGUCUUAUGCCCUUGUGUAUGUGAUGUCUUAUGCCCUUGUGUAUGUGAUGUCUUCCUGUCCAGUAGUGUAACAAUUCAAUACACCUAACCAUACCAUUAUCAUACGUCAUCACACACACACCAUUAUAACUAGAAUUGUUAAAAGUAUUCGUAGCACUUACCGCUGGGAAGGUCAACAGGUGCAGGGGUAGCCUGUGUGCUAACGGGAUUGUCCAGUCUAAACAGUCGUCUCCAUUGUUGUAUAUAGUUCCUAUGCCCGUUACCCCCCCCCCCCCACCCCACCUGCUAAUAUCCACUCACAGAGUGUCAAUUCACCUCGAUUGUUUUUAGUCCCACUUCUCCAGCUCCACAUUCAACAGGAGUGUCCCCUUCCCAUAUUCCCCAAUUGUUGUCAAUUUUUCGUUAAUCGUGAUUAGUCUUUGUCUUCAUCUGCUGUGCAACAUUGUCAUACCUGUCUUUCUCAUA